CGUCAGAUUAGAUCAAUUAAUUCGCGAACCAAUAUACAAUGAUCACCCCAGGAUUCGUGUGGAAAGUUAUCACCAUUCCGAUCACCGCACUCAAGACUUUCCUCCAGUAUUUUACUGUGGGAACAGUUUACCAGAGGACAAGUCAUGAGUUCAAGAGUUCGCUCUGGAAGAACAUCCACUUGGCCAUUGAAUGCCAUUUGGCCGGAAAUCUCCACAAGGUUGACGUCCAGACAUUUGUCUAUAGACCUGUUUCCGAGGUCUUCAAGCAAUUUGAGAACAACCCUAUGGUCGCAGGAUUAAACAACUUUGGCAAGAAACUUGAAGAAAGAAGUUACUGGAUUGUCCAGAACGAAGCGGAAGGACCAGAAAAGGAAGAUGUAAUUGUCUAUUUGCAUGGGGGAGGAUACUUACUUAACAUCUUUGAGUCCCAAUUUGUAACUUUCAUUGCGUUCUAUUAUUCCUUGCCUGAAGAAACCAGAAAGAAGACUUCCAUCUUGAUUGUAGACUAUUCCCUCACCUUGCACGACCACAUCUAUCCUACUCAACUCUGGGAAACUCUCAGAGCCUACAAUGAGUUGCUUUCCAAUGGAUACAAGAACAUCCAUCUUGUCGGAGAUUCAGCUGGAACCCAUUUGGCACUUUCGGUGUCCAGAUACAUUUCGUACCCGGAAGAAUCGGCCAAGCAAUUUGCACUUUUUCCUCAAUUUGACUUCAACUUCUCUCGUCAGCCUUUCCCGCAGCCCAAGUCAUUAGUAUUAAUUUCACCAUGGGUUGAGCCUUGUACUGCUCCGGUUGAGCCUACUAAACAUGGUGUAGACACUACGGGAGACUUGGGCGCCAGAGAUACUCUUAUGGGAGACUACUACACGGGCGAUUUGGACAGAGAAGUCAUAAACAACUUCUUGACAUUCACUAACACAAACUUUGACGAACACUGGGCAAAGGUAGACCCCAUCAAUAACGGUAACACCCUUGUGAUCGAAGGAGAAAGAGAAAUCUUGAGGGAUAGUGUGGAAGAGUUCUUGCAAAUCAUCAACAAAAAUGGUAAAGUAGACUACCAAGUCGAUAAGGGUGGUAUCCACGCUGGUAUGGUAUAUGUUGAAGCCCUCGACUAUCUAGGAGACUCUGGUGCCAAGCGUGCUCUUGCAGGCGAUUUUGAGGAUAAGUUCUCCUACAACACUAUCAGCAAAUUUUACGCAGAGAGAAUAUAGCUUAGAACAAUCGGCAUUAUGCUAAGAUUUUUAUGAAUAGAACACUC